AUGCUCUUCGCGAUCGUUUACCUACUUCUCGCAUUCGGAGUCACCAAUGGAUAUCUCGAGGACUCGUGGGCCAUGUUCUCUUCGGAACGGCCCGCCGGACCGAAAUGCGUCGAUAUUCCGAGCAAUUUGAGCAUUUGCAAUGGGAUUGAAGUGAGUUUUUCCGGCGUUUUUUAUAGAAUCCAAUCGAUUUUCAGUACUCCCAAAUGCGUCUGCCCAACAUUUUGGACCACGAGACCGUCUCCGAGGCGAUCCACGCGUCAAAAGACUGGGAAAGCCUGCUGCGACUCAACUGCCAUCCGGACACACAGGUUUGGACCCCUCUCAAAAAAUCAAUCGAUAAUGGGUGAAUUGCAGCGAUUUCUGUGCUCGUUGUUCGCUCCGGUGUGUCUCAUGCAAAUGGAUCGAGAAAUAUUGCCGUGCAAGAGUCUGUGUGUCGCUGUGAAGGAGGUAAAACGGUGAAAGACUCUUAGACUGGUGGUGCUAAUGAAACAUACAAUAUGCCAAGAGCGUUUCGUCACAUCUUGCACAGAGUUUCGUUGCGGUUUCAGGUUUUCCACAAAAAAAAAAUGUUUUUGAAAAAUGUUUGCCGCUUCGAAAAAGUAUGAAAUUUGAGGGGAAUAUUGUUCUGGACUAACGACACUCUCUAAUGCCCGGAAAACCCGCAAAUUUGCGGGAAAUCCGGCGUGCGCACAGCUGAACGAGUGUUACCGUACACCACCAUAAAACUACGGUGUAUUUUUUGAAAAAAUGUAGCCGAGAAAUUUGAAAAUUUUCAAAUUUUUUCAACCCCGCAAUUUCCCGCAAAUUUCUGCCGACUUUGGACUGCAAAAUCCGCACUUCAGGGCUGUGAAAACCGAAUGGCCAACUACGGUUUUCCGUGGCCAGAGAUGCUGUCUUGCGAAAAGUUCGAGGACGACGACAUGUGCAUCAAGCCGAUGCAACCGGCAAAACCACCAGCAGGUUUGUAAUGAGAGCAUAUAUCUCGGCUGUGGGUGGAGAUAUCAAAAAGUGGUCAACUGAUAAAAUGUUCAUUAUAAAAUUGUCUACAUUUUAUCAGUUGACAACUUUUUGCUAUCUCCAAGGAGAGCUGAGAUAGAUGGCGCCGUUUACAUAGCGACCUAUCAGUUCGCUAUCCAAUCCAUCAUUUCCUUCUUUUCUCACACUUCAUCCAUCAUUUAUCGGGCGCCUCGGCGCGGCUAAUCAGUCAAAGUCUCACGGACACUUCAAAGGAAUACCGCCGAGCGCUCCGCUUAUCACCCGCCACCAACUAAACACUCUUUUUUGAGGGAUUUUGGUCGAUAAUCCGAUUCAGUUGUUAGAAAUUUUGCCGAACUACGCCUGUUUUGAAGAAAAGUCACAUGUAGACAAGUUGAAACCGACAUUUUUUGAUUUACGCAACGCCGAACACGUCAUUUGAAUUUUUGCGUUACUAUUUCAGCGCUUGGCGGGUGUCUGUAAGAGUCAUGAUGGUUCUUGUGAGCGGUUUGAAACGUUUUGCCGCCGGCGGUUGCCCCCGGGCACGGCUCAAAUUACUUGCGUAUUACAGUAAUGUGAGGAAGCGCAGCGCGCAACAAACUGAGCGCGAGCGAGCGAAGAAAAAGUAUUCGAUUUCAGGUGCGGUACCGCCGUGCUCCGCGUGCUCGCAAGUCGCCACCUACGAGAACCUCGUCGAUCAGUUCUGCAGAUCGCAUUUGGGUGAGAUCGGGGACACUUGUGAAACGUCACACUUUAGUAACACUCGCCCGCUUUUUUUUGGCGCGAAUUUUAGAUUCGAAACUGAAUACGAUGCAACGAACAGAGAGAACAGAGAUUAAACGGUGCAAGGAGGUUGGCACUGUGCCAAGAAAUGCUGUUUUAUCGAUGCGCGCCACGGCGACCAAAAGUUUAGAAAGGGGCGUGGCCUAAUCUGAGACGCGUUUUCUGAAAAUUGCCGCAUUUUCAGCACACUUUUCCUAUGUUUUUGUGUUUGAUAUCGACGUAAGCACGGUCUCCAGAGCUGACAAUAUGGGCGUGGCCUCGGCGGCCAAAUGGCGUUUUCUCUGAUUUUUGGGUGGUCAACGGCGAUGAAAAAUGAGUGUUCGACAUGAAAAUACACUAAUUCUCACAGAAUUAAUGACGUUUUGGCGCAUUUUUCGCAGAUUUCGCUUUUUCGAAAAAAAAAAAUUUUUCCAAAAAACCGCACUUUUCAUUUUGCGCUUUCUUGACCGUUUUCGGACAGAAUUGGUUUUGAGAAUGAUAAAUCACGUAAAUACAAGCAUUUUGAGCGCUCGAACCGCGAAAACUACCGAAAAGCAACUGAAAUUCACGCAGUUUUAGCCAAAAACCUUCAAACUUGACCAAAUUUGACGCUCUUUCGCUUAAAAAAUUCGUAUUCGCCUAUAAAAUCGGUCGAUCGAGAGAAAAAUGAGAAAUUAUCGAUUUUUCGUGGCUAAUCUCUCGAAAAACACAAAUUUUGCUGUUAAAAUUUGAAUUUCGCGCCAAUCAAUGUAUCGCCCCAUUGUCAGCUCUGGAGAGAUGGUUAUAAACGUUGUGAAAGUGUAAGUUUUCAACGGAAAAGGUGUUCAAACAUGUUUUUGGCCGUUUUUCAUCUUGAAAAUCAGAAUCCGGGCCGUCGCGUUUCUAAUCCAUAACUAUUGUAAAAUCAUGUGUGCCAUCGUGGUUCUUUUUAGUUUAUUUGGGUUGAACGAGCGUUGAUUUUUACAGUGAUGAAAGGAAAAGUGACACAAAUCUCGUCGACGCACAUUUCGGUUCGAAACGGACGAAGUCUGAAGAAGGGCGAUCGGAGGAGGAGCGUUCCCGAGACUGGUCAGCUAAAAAAAAACGCUUUUUGGAACAGUAAAGAGCAGGCAAAAACUAUACUGUUUCUUCAAGACAAUAUAUCUCAGCUGGGCGUGGAGAUAUCAACAAGUUGUCAACUAGCAAAUUGUUCGUCUAGACAUGAUGUACAUUUCAUCAGUUGGCAACUUUUUAAUAACUCUACAAACAGCCGAGAUACAUUGCCAUAAAAAACCGUUCCAUUUUCCAGAAAUCCUUCUAUCCGCCGAGUCGACCGGUUGUCCGUGCAAUGUUUCGUCAAAAGCGAAAAACGAAAAGUUGUUGGUUAUGGCGAGCCGGCAGCCCGACGGAAAGUACCUGGCCAACCUAGUUUUGCCGUGGAAAAAAGACAAGGUACGUUCGAAUCGUUCCCCCAAAAACCGAUCCGAUUGUAUCAGAACUUCAAACGUGCGGUCCACCAGUUCCAACGUCUCAACUGUCAAUCUCUGGGCCGUGAGAUCCGUGAAUCGGCGUCCCGUCGUCCGCAUUAUUACGAAAUGAGACGCCACAAUACCGGAAGAUUCCAGUUGUUCUGA